UAGCGAUAUUCCGGUGGCGUGUUGUCAUUUAUAGACUUUCUCGCUCCCCCCCCUUCUCGCCGUCUUUACGGUGUCGACCGAUCCCUCUCUGUCAGUUUCAAGUUGCGCCUUCUCUCCUCCGCCGUGCAGCGUCUCCUCUGCUCUGGCCUUAACCCACUUUAGAUUAUACACCAACAUAUUGUGGCUUUCUUAACGAGAAAAAAAAAUCUGGAUUUAAACGAAGACAUGGAUUCAUUCCCGCCACACCACAUGAGUGGAUUAUAAAACACAGGCGAUUCAAAGAAUGAAGAUGUCUGAGGCUGGGAGUUAGAGUCUCCCCCCCACCAGAGAGAGCGUGUUCCAGGCCUGGGGCUGGACCCAGAGACCCCUGCCUGGGGGGUGAAGGGCCCUGAUAGCCCUGUGUAAAUCUGGACCAUGGGGGAUGGAGGCGUCGGUGCAACUGGAGGAGAUGGGGUGAACCGGGCCCACGUCCUGUUCGACAACUUCGUCCAGGCGACCACCUGUAAGGGCACGCUCAAGGCCUUCCAGGAGCUGUGUGACCACCUGGAAGUUAAGCCCACAGAGUCCAGGAUCUUCUAUCACAAGCUCAAGUCCAAACUCAACUACUGGAAGGCCAAGGCACUAUGGGCAAAGUUAGACAAGAGGGCAAGCCAAAAAGAGUACAAGAAGAGCCGUGUCUGUGCCAACUCAAAGUGUCUGAUCAUUGGUGCGGGACCAUGCGGCUUACGUACAGCCAUCGAGCUGGCCUUUCUCGGGGCCAAAGUGGUUCUGCUGGAGAAGAGAGAUGCUUUCUCCAGGAACAAUGUACUUCACCUCUGGCCCUUCACCAUCCACGACCUCAGGGGCCUCGGGGCCAAGAAGUUCUAUGGAAAGUUCUGUGCUGGAGCUAUCGAUCAUAUCAGUAUCCGUCAGCUUCAGCUAAUGCUGCUUAAAAUGUCUCUCCUGCUGGGCAUUGAGAUUCACGUCAACGUAGAGUUCAAGGGUCUCAUCGAGCCCCCUGAAGAUCAAGAGACUGAAAGGAUAGGUUGGAGGGCUGAGGUCCACCCCAGGACACACCCUGUCAAUGAGCUGGAGUUUGAUGUCAUCAUUGGAGCAGACGGAAGGAGAAACACGUUACCAGGGUUUCGGCGUAAGGAGUUCCGGGGCAAGCUUGCUAUUGCCAUCACUGCUAACUUCAUCAACAGGAACACAACGGCGGAGGCAAAGGUUGAGGAGAUCAGUGGGGUGGCAUUCAUCUUCAACCAGAAGUUCUUUCAAGACCUCAGAGAAGCAACAGGUAUUGACCUGGAAAACAUUGUCUAUUACAAGGAUGACACGCACUACUUUGUGAUGACUGCCAAAAAACAGAGCCUGCUGGAGAAAGGAGUCAUUCUACAUGACUAUGCAGACACAGAGAUGCUGCUGUCCAGGGCUAAUGUGGACCAGGUCGCAUUGCUCUCUUAUGCCCGUGAGGCUGCAGAUUUCUCCACCAACCACCAGCUGCCCACACUGGACUUUGCCAUCAACCACUACGGUCAGCCCGACGUAGCCAUGUUCGACUUCACCUGCAUGUACGCUUCAGAGAACGCCGCCAUGGUGCGCCAACGCCAUGGUCACAAGCUGCUGGUGGCUCUCGUGGGUGACAGCCUGUUGGAGCCCUUCUGGCCUAUGGGCACUGGCAUCGCCCGAGGUUUCCUGGCAGCCAUGGACUCGGGCUGGAUGGUGAAGAGCUGGGCUCAGGGAAAAACCCCUCUUGAGGUGCUGGCUGAGAGGGAGAGCAUAUAUCGUCUACUGCCCCAAACCACACCAGAAAACGUCAAUAAGAACUUCAGUCAGUACAGUGUGGAUCCCACCACACGUUACCCCAAUAUUAGCCUUAACUUCCUCAAGCCAAGCCAGAUGAGGCACCUCUGUGACACGGGGGAGUCAAGGGAAAUGCGCAUAGAAAUUGAGAAUGUGAUCAACUCGUCGACACCCAAGUUGGCCAGGAAUGACAAUUGCCUGCUUGACAAGCAGUUGCAAGAAUCAAUAGCUCGAUCCAGUAAACUGCUGAACUGGUGCCAGAGACAAACGGAGGGAUACAGGAAUGUCAAUGUAACAGACCUUACCAUGUCUUGGAAGAACGGCCUGGCCCUGUGCGCCCUCAUUCAUCGAUACAGACCAGAUCUCAUUGACUUUGAUUCCCUGGAUGAGCGAGACCAGGAGAAGAACAACCAGUUGGGUUUUGACGUGGCGGAGAGGGAAUUUGGCAUCUCACCCUGCAUGACUGGCAAGGAGAUGUCUUCUGUGGUAGAGCCAGACAAACUCUCUAUGGUCAUGUAUCUCAGCCAGUUCUAUGAGAUGUUUAAGGACACAGUGCCACCUGGAGAUAACCACCACAACUUGAGUCCUGAAGAUAAGGCGGCACUGAUAGCCAGCACCAAAUCUCCAAUCUCCUUCCUCAGCAAACUUGGUCAGAGCAUUGCAAUUUCCAGAAAACGAAAUCCAAAGGACAAAAAAGAGAAGGAUGUUGACAGUUUGGGGAAGAGAAGGAAAACCAGCCAGUCUGAAGAUGAGGAGGUGUUCAGGAGUGGUCGUGACGACAGGCCGUCCGUUAUCCUGUCGGAGAGAAAAGUGGACUCCUCAGCUGGAGGGAACACCAACAAAGUCAAAGUCAUGGCCACCCAGCUUCUCGCCAAGUUUGAGGAGAACGCUCCAGCCCAGCAUACAGGACUCAAACGACAGGGAGAAUCUCUGCCCAAUCUGGACCGCCUUUUGUCCCCUACCCAGCCCCAAACUCCUGUGAAUGAGCCAGUGCGCCUGGCGCCUGUCCCAGCAUGGAGAAAGGCCAGAAGUGGUACGGACCAACAGUCCAUUGGCUCUCGGAGCUGCCCAAAGAAAACCAUUCUGCUUCCUUCUUCCGCCUCCACUUCCUCGCUCUCUCUUCACGCCGAGAAUUUGCCUAAAAGUCCGGUGGAAGAGGAACUUGAAUACUACGAGAUGCCUCAGAAAUACAGGGAGUGGAGCCCGCUGCACCUGACUGACCCAGGACCUAUUCACAUACCUGGUAUACAGGAGAGGGCUGAGCGCCUUAUCUCUAAGUUUAAGGGCAAACCUGACAGACCCCCAAAGCCUAAGAAAAAGCCGUCCCAUUUCUUUUUAGAGCAGUGGAACUUGUCCCACGGCCAAACCGAGAGUCCUGAUUCACCUCUAUCCUCUCCUGAAUCCUCCAGAAAGGAGCCUGCAAGGCCUCUGCACUCUGAUGAUCAAAUGCCUUUAUAUGUGCUUAGUAUUCAGGAGAGGGCUGAGCAACUUGCCUCUCAGCUUGAGGGCAAGCCGGCUGCACCACAGCCUAAGAAAAAACCCUCACGUUUUUUUAUGGAACAAUGGCACAUGGCCCGAGCCCAGACUCCCCCUGACUCUCCCCCUUCCUCUGACACCUUGAGACAGCGCUAUGUAAGGAUGUACACAGGUGGAGUUAGCUCAUUGGCUGGACAGAUAGCCAAUCAGCUUCAGUCUCAGGAAGAUCCUAAGCCUCUACCUGAAAAGAGGGAUUUGGGUUCCCUCAGAAAAGAGUUCCCUGUCAACAUUGGUGGCAGCGAUGUGUGCUUCUUCUGUCGAAAGCGCGUGUACGUGAUGGAGAGGCUGAGCGCGGAGGGGAAGUUCUUCCAUCGCAGCUGCUUCAAGUGUGACUACUGCGGCACCACGCUCCGACUGUCCUCCUACGCCUUUGACGUGGAGGAUGGGAAAUUUUACUGCAAGCCGCACUACUGUUAUCGUCUGUCUGGCUAUGCCCAGAGAAAGAGGCCUGCUCCCUCCCCUGCUCCAAUCACUGCUAAGGAGAACCAGGCGCCCCAAACUCCCACGGCGACUGUGGACGCUCCCGGAAGGGCGAUGGCAACGGCAGCCCCCUCGGCCGAGCUCCAGCCCUCAGUGCCGGAGGUUAAUGGCGUGCAGGAGCCCAGCUUAGCUAAACGUCUGCGGGGAACUCCAGAGCGCAUCGAGUUGGAGAACUACCGUCUGUCCCUGCAGAGGGAGGAGGAGCUCGAGGAGGUGCCAGAGGAGACACUGGCAGAACAUAACCUCAGCAGUGUGUUGGACAAGGCCACCGAUGCUGACCUGGGCUCCAGCAGCUCGGAGUCAGACAUGGAGGAGGAGGAUGAGCAGGAGGAGGAGGUAGAGGUGGAGGUGGAGCAGCAACCUACCAGCCCCUCAGACCUUGGUGGCGUUCCCUGGAAGGAGGCAGUACAGCUCCACAACAAAUUGAGGGGCGAGGACGGAGAGGGCGAGGUUCCGGCCGACGCGGUCAGCAGAGACGGGGAAAUAGAUGAAGAAGAGGAGGAGGAGGAGGAGGAUGAAGAGGAUGAGGAGGAAGACGAGGAUGAAGAUGAUGAGGAAUCGAGCGAGGAGGGGGAUUACUGCCCCUGGGAUAGAGAGCUUCAGUCAGGCCUUUGGCUGGACAAGCACCUCACAGAUGAAGAGGAUGUUGGUACAUUUAAAGCAAGGAACCUUCAUAUCCAACAACUCCUGCAGCCUGUGGAUCCUCAGGCCAUUCCAGGUUUGGUGAGAACCCACCUGGACUCUGAGGGAGACAAGGAUGGCCAGGCAGCCUCCCAACCCUCUGAGCUCACGCAGCCCUCCUCCACAGCCCCUGCCCACACAUCCGCCCGACACGAGGCAGUGAGAGUCUGGUUGGAGUCCAUGUCUGGAGAGCCCUGUGAGGACGAGGAAGCAGAAGCAGACAGUCCAUAUAUGGAGCCCGGUACAGAGAUGGAUGAAGACGACAUCCCUUCAGAUGCAGAAGCUGAGGCUCGCUUGCAUCAGUCAGAGAACGCUGAAGUGUUUCCCGAGGAGGACAAGAAAUCAGAAAGUCUGAAAAUGUCCUCCAGUAUUGAAACAUCCAGCGUCAGUCCCAUGCAGAAAGAAGAUGUUGUUCUUUCCCCGCUCAAACCUCAAUCUCCAGAGCCGGAAACACAGAUUAACCUGGUGAUGUCUCCCGGGACCUGCUUUUUCCCAGAACCGUUCAUACCUGAGGAAAUAAAGCCUGCCUCUCCUUCUCCAGCAGCCAAGAGCCCACUGUGUCCUUCGCCUGUUCCCGUCCAGGAUCCUUCCCCCGACCCUUCUCCUACUCUCGCUGCUGCUGCUACUGCUUCCCCUGUCAAUGUCCCUGCCUCGUCUCCACCCUGUUCGACCACCAAAUCACCCGUCAGCUCUCCAGUCAUGCCAGACGUCGAGUCACCUGUCAAAUCACCUGUCAGGACACCUGUUAGCACCCCAAUCUGCUCUCAGCCCACCCCGCUACCAGAGACUUACACACCUAUAUCUCCUGUCUACCCACAGCGAUCUAUUUGUCCUCUCACGGGCAACCCUCUCUCCCCAAUCUGCGCUCAGCCUCUGCCCUGCCAGGAACCCUCGUCACCUCUCACCUCUGACUCUCCCGUCAGAACUCAGCCCGUCCCCGGUGUCACUUCGACACCCAUGACCAAAACGGACAAGAGCACACCUGAGCCCUCAAAGUCCAUAGAUUCCUCAACGGAGCAAACUCCAUCUAAAAAGACUGAUAUCAUUGAGGAAUUUUGGUUAAAGAGUGCUGAGAUCAGGAAGAGCCUCGGACUGACUCCUUUGGAACGCAGUAGUAAAAUCUUAGAGAAAAGCGUUGUCAAGGCUCCGGUACAGGACUCCACUCCUGUCAAGACACAGUCUCCAGGUGUGUCUGAGGAACAGAAGCCUGCCUUUACAGGCCGUGCAGUCAUUCGCAGACUCAACAUCACUCUUGAGGGUCAGGUCAUUACCCCCAUCGCUCCUGCAGAGCCAAAGAGCAAUGGCUCUGAUAAAAGGGACCUCAGCAGCAGCUCCGGCUUGGGGUUGAAUGGGAGCAUGGCCACAAGCCAAACAGUAAACAGUGAUAGUUACAACACGUCUGACUCCACUAUGCUCACCCCGCCCUCCAGCCCACCACCACCUGUGCCUGCUAAUCAGUCUCCAGCUGUGCUCAGGCAGCAGAGACACCAGGUGUCCUGGAGCAAUGGAACGGAAAAACCUCCAUCAGAGCGUGCCAAAGAGCCAACGAAAACCAAGAGUCCUGUCCCAGCACCGAGGACACAGCUGAGCCCCGUGUCUGCGCCCAAACCCGCACCCAGAAAAGUUUCUUCGCCUCAGGCAGAGCCGGAAACAAUUCCGGUGGUUGUCAUGAGAGAGAAGAAGAAGAAGCCACGGCCGGAGGAGGCGAGGAAGUCGUUUGUAGAGACUGUGGAGGAGAUUCCGUUUGCUGAUGAUGUGGAGGAGACGUACGAUGAGCGGACACCAGAAACGAGCAUGAACAGGUACUAUACUCCACCCACAAGCAAGCCCAACAGAGAGAGACCUCCACUGCAUCUGGCUCUUGCAAUGGAAAAUGGUAAACCCAAUAUCCCUGUCAACCAAGCCGCUAAGACCCAGAGGGCUACCCACUUCUCCCCAGAGGCCAAGGAGAUCGCUGAGGAGAGAAUCAGGGCCAGAGAAAAGUCUGUUAAGAGCCAGGCACUAAAAGACGCCAUGGCCAAGCAGCUAAACAAAAUGAAAGAAACUGACACGGACAGGGGUGCGUCACCUAAAGUGGCCUGGAAUGUUACUCCAGAUGCUGCUGGAAAAAGUAAAAAGUCAUCUGGAUCUCCAAAGACAGCUGUGAAAGCUCUGGAGUCGAAGAAAGCCGAGAAUUUACCUGAGCGCUUCUUCAGCAGCAACAAGAGCCUGGACAGCUCCGUGGCUUCGUCAGACGGCUCGGCUACAAGUAAGAGCAAGAAGCGAAGUUCCCUCUUCUCGCCGCGCAAGAAUAAGAAGGAGAAAAAAGCCAAGAACGACAGCAAGCUCUCCGGAGCCGACGAGACGCCUCCCAAACACAAGUCACUGUGGAAGGCCGUCUUCUCAGGGUACAAGAAGGACAAAAAGAAGAAGGAUGAUAAAUCAUGUCCGAGCACGCCGUCCUCCGGUUCCACGACACAGGACUCUGGGAAGAAGAGAACGUCACCUACUGGGAGAUCAUCAGACUUGAAGUCACGGCGAAACUUGAGCUUCUCUGAGGACUCCGACCUGUCCUGUGAUGAUGUUCUGGAGAGGUCCUCCCAGAAGUCAAAGGCAGAUUCUGUUUAUGUCCCACACGCACUGGCGUUCAAGAGAUCGUACGCCACAAAGAAAACCUACACAGAAGAAGAGCUGAAUGCCAAGCUGACACGAAGGGUCCAGAAAGCGGCACGGCGACAAGCCAAGCAAGAGGAACUCAAAAGGCUGCACAGAGCCCAGAUCAUCCAGAGACAGUUGGAGCAGGUGGAGGAGAAGCAGAGGCAGCUGGAAGAGAGGGGUGUAGCUGUGGAGAAAGCAUUGAGAGGAGAAGCAGGAUUGUAUAAAGGUACUUAUACAUUACCCAAACAGCACAAAAGAAGAUCAGACUAUUGGGGAGAUUCUAAUUACAGUGAAAUCCUGGACUUGCAUCUGGGCGUUGAGCCCUUUGUGGGGAUGCCACGCCGAAGACCUCUCUCCUUCUGCCCCUGCUGUUCCCCCGAAGGCAUGGGCAAGAAGGACGAUCCCAAGCUAAUGCAAGAGUGGUUCAAGCUGGUGCAAGAGAAAAAUGCCCUGGUCCGCUAUGAGUCAGAACUCAUGAUAUUCGCCCGAGAGCUGGAGCUCGAGGACCGGCAAAGUCGACUGCAGCAGGAACUCAGGGAGAGAAUGGCCGUGGAAGACCACCUAAAGACAGAGAAGGAGCUUGCUCAGGAGAAGCAGAUCCUGAAUGAGAUGUUGGAGGUGGUGGAGCAGCGUGAUGCCCUAGUGGCCCUAUUGGAAGAGCAAAGGCUUCGGGAGAAGGAGGAGGAUAAGGACCUGGAGUCCGUCAUGCUCUCCAAAGGUUUCAACCUUAACUGGGCUUGAAAGAGUUGACGAUCGUCUUUGAUCAGAAUAGUCUGCUGAGCACCUACAUCAGUGAAUGUGGAAAGAACCCCCCCCGAACACACACAAACGCUACGGCUGCCUCUGAGACUGCAGCAGUCUGCAACGUUUACAUAUCUUCUGUCCAAAGGCAGUCCGAGUUAAUCACUUUGCAGUUUUUGCUUGCCCUCUCUCUCUCUCUGUGGGUGGAGAGGCAAGUACAUUCACAGCUUUAUCAUCCCAGCCUUGAAGUGGAUCCUCUCAAAGGGGAGGAGGGCGUGGAGGCCUUUGGGAGGAUGCUUAAAGACAUGUUUAUUCUCAGUUGUCUAAAGGGAAGAAUGCAGUUCGGUCCUGCUGAUGUAAAGGAAUUGUAAAGAAUUGUGUUUUUGUGUAUAGUUGUGUAGAACAAGUCCCAUUUUCAGCGGAUGGGGGACCUCUCUUUUCCGUAAAAAGGACUGCUACAGAGUUGUGUUCUAAUGCUGGAGUGACACCUCCGGUCUCAAUCUCAGAUUCUCCUUUUCGGUCUCGACUGUAGGAAGGACAUUCUCUGCUGAAGCUGCCUUUCUAUCCAGCGACAAACUGAAUGGAUAAUGAAUCACAAAGACACCACGAAAGACCCCUUUUUUCCCCCCACCUCAGUGUUUAGUGACUCAACACUAAAAAUCUGUUAAAUAUGGCCAUGUUUUUAUGUAUUUAUUAUCUUUAUUUGCUUUUAACAGUUUUUUUUUUUUUUUUGCAUUCACAUGAGAGUGCCCAGAAUCUCAUUAUCUUGCACUUGUGCAUAACUCCCAUGCACCCAUAAGCCAUUGCAUGUCAGGAAUGAUGGCUGCAGGCAAAUAGAUAACCUUGUGUUUGAUAGCUAGGACAUAGAAUACAGACUAUAUAUGAACACUUAAGCAUUUCACAUGCCUCGAUAAUGAUGGGCCUCUCUGUGACAUGCCAUUCACUGUAUAUCACACUGACAGUUAACGUUUACAAGUACUUGUCCAUGUUAAAUAUUGGAUGUUCAUGUUUUCCUACUGUGGUAAGCAGUAGCUAAGUACUGUUGAAAGGUUUCACCUCGGAAGGAAGUGUAUCUUCAAGUUUCCUACCACGAUGUGUUAACAAUGGGAUGUUGUCAUUAAUGAAGCCGAUUUCACUGUCGCUAAUGGGAGAUCAGUGUAGCUCACAUUACUCAUAUUGUGCCACAGGACUGUCUCUGUUGGUAGAUAGGCUGCAAUCACUUCCAAGUACACCACAAGACUUACACGCUACACGACACUCACAACACUAUAUGGCAGUGUUAACAUUUUACCCUUGAACAAGAUGCCUUUAUCAUUUUCAUUAUCUAUACUUGAGUUAUGUUUUCUUUUUCUGAGUUGACUGGCUUUUGAAGUAGUCACAUAUGUGUGUCCCACUGGAACUCAAUUCUUUUUUCUUUUUUUUUAUAUUUUUUUAUACGGUAGAUCCCCCAAACAAACAGAUGAUUUUAAAAGGGGUGCUGGAGAAAUGCAAAGUGCUUUAUGAGCAACUUGCAUCCAACAAGUACAUUCUGGUUUAUCUGCUAGGCAGUCACAUCUUAUAGCCUUUUCGACAACUGUAAAAAUCCAGGUGGUUAGUGUUUUACAGCACAGAAACACUAGAGGCUAUAUUUAUGACUUGAUAUGAGCUGUGAAUAAUAAAAAAAAAAGUUACAUAAUUUUAAGGGUCGUUGUUUUAGAUGGUGUGUGAUGAGUUUGACAUGAUUGUAUUGAUAUUUAUUAACACGUGUGCAAACUGUAUUAUAUGUAAAGAAAAUGAAUCCUAAUUUUUAAACUGUUCUGUUGACACGACUUGUAAUGUAAAUGCUUCAUGUAGCUAAAAAUGCAUAGGGGUGUUGGAUGUAUGCUGAAAACGGCAAUAAAACAAUGCAGUUGUUCUUUUAAA